ACAUAAUCACCAUUCUAAACAACAACAACAAAAAAAGGAAGACAGGAAAAAGGGAGGAAAUAACUCAAAUCACACACAUCAAUGGAAUCCAAAUGUUCUCGUUGAACUGCAAGGUAAAUCUUCCGUCAGACGCCGGUUCCGUCGACUUAGGCUCUUAAUCUCCCUUCAGACGCUGUGUCCGUUGACUUAGGCUUUUAAUCUCCCUCUUGCAGGCGAUGUCUCCGUCUAGUUAGGCUGUUACGCUUACGGCAGACGCUGAGACCGUUGAAGAUAAUUAAUCAAACAGAACUGGUUAAAGUGCGAUCAUCGGAAUGACUCCUCCAAAACAACGAUGAUGACAAUGAGUGUAAGACUUAUAUGGCUAGCUCUGUAUCACUUUUACACGACAAUCAGUGGAGGUAUUGAUAAAUGGUUUAUGUCAAAGUCAACUGCUUGUAUAGGGGAUACAUUUGGGCAAUGGUUUUCAGUACUGCAUAGUCUAUAUAAGGCAAAAAGUGACAGAUCGCAAUUUUUGCUGGAGUCGACAUUAAGGUAAUGGAAUCCAAACGGCGAUUCUUGCAGAAUUGCAUAUCUUUCACCGCUGUCGUUCACAAAUGCAUAACAUGGAAAUAGCGUAACUUAAAAAGGGCUACAUUUGAUAGAACCUUAGCCAUGAAGUAGAGAGAGAAUACAACCGAAGGAAAGUAGGAAACGAAACAUUGUGUCCAUUAAUAAGGGCCCGAAGUAAUCGAUAUUAGAAUGAAACACGAAUUUCCCUCGCUGCAUGGUUUUAAUUGACUUGGUCCUCCUAAUUCAGCUCUAAUGAAAGUUGAGAAGUCAGUUUUUGCAUUCAUCUUUUUAUUCAUAAAAGCGAAAAUGUCCGUUUAUUUGAAGGAGUUGAUCACGGCGAGCCCUCCUCAGAGCCGCCUUUAUGUCACUACGGGGUUAAUCAUAACCAUUACAAUUUCCUCAAAUGUGAAUGGUGCUUUAGCUGAUCUAUUUUUCACUUAUCAUGUACAGUUGUGAACAGACAGUUGGCCGUUAUCGGACACCUGUAAUGGGAGAGUUGAAGCAUACAAUUAUACUAAGUCCACUCGACUCGAUCCACCAAUCACAGAAUUGAUCAAAAUAACCAUAGCAACAACCACUUAUUCUGAAAGAAAAACUGGGGAAUUUCAAAAAUAGAGGAAUGUUAUUUUAGACAUUGUCUCUGCCGGAGAUGUUUGUCCUAGGUGUAUUUCUUCUCGGAAAUUGUAACGGUUAUGAUUAAUUGGUAACAGGACUCCGUGACGUCCAACUCUAUCUGUAAUCAUACUCGUGAUUGACAAAUCGAUUUUGUUAAUCACUCGUCUGACUACUCGGUCCUAUUACCAUUAUAAUAAAAAAAGUCAUACGACAAACAAAUGGAACUUCCAUAGCAAAGAACAUUUUCAUCUUAUGGCACUGAAAGUGCUUCAUUUUCUGACGGCGCCAGACUUUCUCCUUCAGGCAACCAUCCUGGGGAGACCCCUGCCGGAAGGCGCAAAAUUUGAUGAGUUUGCUUGACAAAAUUGUUAAAAAAAGGCAUAGAAAGAAUGCAAAAUAAACAACGGAUCUUGGUAAAUUGCAAAAACUUCCAAAUUUAGGAAAACAUUUGCAAUUUGAAAGUGUAUUUUGUUUUUGCAAGGGGCAUGAGAGAAAUACAGAAAUUUAAAACGCUCGUGUGGAUCGACAUUUGCUCUCAUGAAACCGUCUAUCUGCUCCGACGUAAAGCAAACGCUUGAAAAAAUCAGUUCUGAAAUCCUUUACGGUGGCAAAUUUACAUAUUCAACCCAAUCGAUAAAACCUAAUUAUCUUGUAACAUAAUAAUGCAGCUUUUUCUCGUAUUUUUUGCGUUGUCAUCCUACUCUCCCAAAAAAAGUAUGGGCGCUGAAAACGUACACUGACGACUUGUUAGUUCUUUCAGCUUGUUAGUUAAAAACAAACAAACAAAACAAAACGAAAGUAAAUCUAGGAAAAGUACUUUCUACCCUACAAUUGGAUGUUUAUAUUCUCUACGACGUUCUCUGUCGAAUAAUUGAAAAAAAAAAAAGGAAACCGGUAACCUGAUGACAAGGUCUGAGAACUUGUUGUCAUCCUCAGAAUACUUUGUAAGAUAUGCCUUAUUCAUCGAACUCAUUUCAUUUCUUAGCAGCUGAAGAAGAAUGCAGACUACUGCUUUAUUUUAAACCAAUGAAAGACAGAACUCUCCUCAAUCAUGUUAUGACAAGAAUAGAUAUACCAAGAGAAGAUGUCUGCAGCAUCCGAUGUUUCCUGGAACCCAAUUGCUUGUCUUAUAAUGUUGGACCGCUGGAACAUAGCAACCGAUACCUGUGUGAGAUCAGCGACUCCACUGACGUACGACAUCCGGGAGACUUGGUUCAGCGGUUAGGAUUUACCUACCAGGGAAUAAAGGUCUGUUCAUCCGUGAUCCACUCCCUAGGGAGUCGACUGAAAUGUGUCUUACAUUCAAAUCUCUUUUUUGUGCUUUUUACUGGGAAGAGAAAUACAAAGUAGGUGUCUCAAUGUAGCUAGCCGCCACUAGAGGUGUAAGCACAAGGAGGCCAAUAAGGUGAGCUCGUCCACCUGAGCAGUGUUUUUAAAUGAAACUUUAGGUGUAUUACCUUUACUCAAAACUAAAAUGUGCCACUUGAAUAGACUCAUUGUCAAAUUAUUACCAAGAGAUUUAUCAUUUUACGACAAACCCCACCAAAAAUGAUGCAUAAAUCUGGAAUCAAUGGACUACCACUCGUUCAUUCUAAGUAGAACCAGUUUCGUUACUAGGGAACUUAAGCAAACCACGAUGGUGGCGGCAACAAGGACAUGGAAAACAAAAGAUCUUAUUGGCAGAACAAUAGCUCAGCACGUGCGUUUUAAAACUUUGUACAUUUCUUAGCCGUCCUAUGCAAAACAACAACGUGAAAUCACCUCAAUUUGUCAAGUCUGCGAACCGAAACCGCGUCGGCAAAUGAUUUUAAUUUCCACUUGGAACUCACCGCUCCUUUUGUACGUUAUGCUGAAGUUGAGGUGUGGCACAGUAUGCAGCCAUUUUUGAAAUUCUAAUUAAAGGCAGAAAUUCAACUUUUAAUCGAAGUCUUCCGUGGCGUUGCCGUCCUGACUGCUUAAGAUUUUGCGUUGGACCUAAGUCUAUGGUAUCUUUGACCAAAAAGACGAUCCUUAGAGGAUUUGGGUAGUGUCACAUUAAAAUAUAUCUUGUCUCCCUCACGAGGCUCUGUAAGAUUCUUAUGAUCCUCCCUCCCCCCCUCAUUUUCAGUCAAUUUGCUGUAGACCACCUAUUAGACUCUGCUGGUGACAACGCGACAACUACUUCCCCCCUCCUUACCCCAGGUAAUAGAUAAUGACAAGUCCGUUAAAAAAGAGUGUUCCGAAGGGUUUUCUGAGAAAAUUAUUGUCCUUGUAUCAUCAGAGUCCAUGUAACACCGAUGUUUGCGGGAAGAAUAUGACUUGUCAAGCGGGUUACACCAGCAAAGGAUACCGUUGUAUGAAAAACAUCACGUCGACGCCAUUAAACUUCAGCAACCUAGUUGCCAAAGAACGUACGUAUCUUCUCUCCUUAAGUUAUUUCUCUUAUGAAAAAACACGACGACAACGACAACACUUUCAAUAAAAACACAAUAUUUGCUAAUCGAGACGGAUGGAAACUCUCAUCGCGAUUGUUCGUUUCUUCCAAAUCCAAAGCGUCUAAGUUUUAUUCCAUGAGCGCAUAAUUAUGUCGCGAGAUGCUUUAAACUGCUUGACUGUUAAUGGCGAUCAAAUAAAUUUGAUUUGGAAAAAGCGUAAAUCUUCAUCAUUCACUAACUUGGCUUCAUCAUCUUAUCAUGUUAUAUCUAAAAGUUAUAUAUUCCGUUUCUUUCUGCUCAUCAUGACGAGGUUAAAUUAUACGGGACGCAGCCUCUGUGGUUUUUUCUCUACUGUACUGAUUCGAUAUAAAUUGUUUUUCCUCAGACUUUCAUAAUUGUUCUGAUGCACCCAACAUAACGGGAGUUUACAAUACAUCUCACCAUGACUGGGGCCUUUUUCCUGUGUACUGUGAUCAGACAUAUGAUGGAGGAGGUAUCUCAUAUUCUGUAUGUUCGGUACAAGUUACAUAAUGAAACGAUAAAAGAAAAAUUAGUCUCAAUCUGUUCCCAGUCUUCGUUCAGUAUUAACUUUUCCCUUGAUCAGUGCAAAUAUAAUUGGAGAGCGUAGUCAGUGCCUUGUGGAGACUCCGUCAGUAGCUUUUCGCUCGAGCGUAUUCAUGGAAUUGCUAGAUCAUCCAUUCGUUUCACAUGGACGAUUGCAUUUUUUCCACUGGUGUACGUGACUCCCUUUUCCUCUUUUUCCAUCACCUGUUAUUUCCAUUCGCAUUCUAAGCUGUCCAACACCGCUGUUGGAUCAGAUCAGUGAUUCUUUUUCAUUUUGUUCCGUAAGCGUUAGGUGAUGGGAGAUUUUUCGAGAUGAAUUAAUUCUUAAAAUUUUUGUCUAAUAAAAUUUUCACCUCACAGGCUGGACGAUGGUAUUCAAAGUUGUUAGUGGCCUCUCUCCAUUGGACGUCGGUGGAAUUUGGUCGUCACCCUCCUUAUAUCAUGAAAAUCUCAACGAAACCUUCGACUUAACGUCAGCUUAUCCAACUCAUUACAAGAAUCGUAUUGUACUGAACUGGAAAAAUUUUAACCCUAAAGAGGUGAGGAAGGUUAAUGAAUGAAUUACCCCAAACAUUCAGUAUUACACAUGCCCAAGUAAAAGCAUAAGCUUCAUUACCUGCAAAUGACGCUUGGUACUGAAAGAGCCUCUGCAAUCAUUUGGGAUUUAAGGCGCAUGAAAGACACUGCCAAUUGAAAUCCUUGAUAGAUAUUUGAUUCAUGUCAAAGCUGCCACAAAUUCAUAUUUUACCCCGUUGAAAAGUAGUUCACCUUCUCAAAUGUUCAUGUUGAUACGGAACUUGUGCCGGGGACAGUUUGGGAAACGCUUAGAUCUACCAUACAGUCAAGCAAGGCACCAAGGGUGAGCUUUUCGGAUUACUAAAAUACACUGUAAACAUUUCUCGUGUAUUUAAACCCAGUGUACACUGCUUAAUACUUCCUUUACUUUUUGUUACUUCUUCGUGUAAUCUUCUAGUCUACUAAAAGGCUACAAUCUUGCUACGAAAGGGCGACAUGAGAGGGGCCGUCACUUGGUAUCAUUCCUUGACAAUGAGGGCAAAUUUAAUACACUUAUAUAUUAUAGUUAUAUUUUAUUACAUCUGGGUAAGAAUACUGUUGAGCGCAGUAGCUAAUGGAGUAGUCAAAGGCAUGCAGGAACUCAAGCCACCAGGAGAUCGUUCAGCAGUCAGGGAACUAAUGAAAAUUGUGGACUUGUGAACUUUUUCAGAAUUUGAAAGUAGCAAAUGGAUUUGAAACGAGUAAUUACUUGAGUGAUUAGUAUGUUGACUAUGAUGCGAACUGUCACUAAGGAUACAGUAUGAAGAUUCUAUAACCUGGAAAAUCUACUCAUGUUUUGUGAUAUCGUAAUGUUAAAGUUAACAAAAAUUGUUUCUUUACAAAGGGUUAAUUUCAGUCGAUUUUAACCUCCAUGCACCUCAGGUUCGCGUCGUUAUAUACAAGGACAGUCAACAAGUCACCUCCCUCAAGUUCAAUGCCACUGGUACAGACAACUUGAAUUGGUUUUCACAUGAAAACCUAAUUUACUCGCCAUGGAUUGAUCUCAAGAUGUUCUCAACCGUAAAUUUUGGCCUUCUGGGUCCCAUAGUUUCCAAUCGCUUCUUUGAGAUAACUGGCCCUUACACUGGUUGUCAAACUGAUAUCGGUUGGUUGGUAGUUACUAGUCACCCAGUAUGUCCUUGGGACAGACGAUCACCUCAGCCUAGUAUCCAAUACAGCAAGCAGCGCGUGGCGUCGCGUAUGGAAAGUUACGGUAAUUUUGAUAUUGAAAUAUUUUCGGCAUUGUAUUCUGUUGAUAGGGUACCAAUAACUAACAAAAAAUUCUGUUGUUCAGGUAUUACUUCACCUCAUGCUAUUCGAGACACCAGAUUUAGUCGCCUGAGCAGUUUUUUUCUUCCUAACGUAGUCAAAGACGUCAAAAAGAUGAACGAACAUCUUCAAAAAACGACAGUAGUGAUCGUUUCAAAAUAUCUUAAAUGGGGCUUGACCCCUUCCCUUCCCUCCCCUACCCCCCAGACCAUUCUCUUAAAUCAUCAAAGGGUCACGGAAAAACGGUCGAGCAAAACACGAAACUCAUGAUCACGUCUUCUACUAGUUCGCAUUUUCUUCCCAUUUCCCGAAAAUUAGUCUUUACGUAUGGAAAGGUCUUGUAUGAACAAUCCACAUUUACUACCUGGUACGUUGUUACUGUACCUGUUUGUUCUGUUUGUUUUGUUUGUUUUUUAGCAUUCACCAACGUACAGACGUACAUCCCUUUCAUUGACUUUUCAUAUGCGAAAUUCUCCCUUCAGAAUGAAUAUUAUUCUAACAAGAGAAUCCUUAAGCCUUUGAAAAAAAAAGUCUCUAUUAUGAUUCCAUCUCACAGGAAAUGUUGGGAUUGCAGACGUCCUCGCCGUGUUUGUUCGCUAACAACAAAUCAUUUGAAAGGCUCAGCGGAACCUUUUCUGAAAUAACGUCUUUAUCGUUGUAGAAAAUAUUCCUGUGUUGGCAAUAACUUUGUCUUUGGGGAUCAUGAUCUCUUGAUUAUAUCUAUAAUUAAAAUAUUUAGGUUACAGUUUUUACAGUAGAUAGUUUAAACCUAAAUGUUACAAUUGAAGUUUUCGAGACGUCAGUCAUUACUGCCCUCAACAGUUUUGUUCAGGGCUACUCUCACCCGAACGAUCACAACAUAAGAUCACAGGUCGCAGUUUGAGCAAAACGCUUUUGAACUCAAAGAAAGCUUACUCCUUGAAAUACGAUUUUAUUGAACUUUUAUUCUUUGCAAAACCGCUGUAUCCUUUAAACAGUAAAGCGGGUUUAUAAGCAAUGAAUUACAGCCCUUGUAUCAGAUUUAAUUCAAAACGAAUCAGCUGUUAAUCAAGUCUAUGACUCAAAGCAUUAAUCUGUCACCAGCUACAUUUCUGUUCGGUACGAGCUCUCUAAACGUGACAUAACAUAUCAAAUAACCACUCAUACAAACCCGAGUUGCUUCUUUACAGUCUUAAUAGUUAUUUCUUGAUUCUUUAAAUCUGACGGAUGAACGUCCAUACGAAAUUAGGAGUACAAAUGUACUUAGAAGGAGUUCAUAAUUUUGUUAUAAUUCAUAAUCAUGUUAUAAUUUUGACCGAACUGUUAUAUUAAGAGGAAGGGUGAAGCCUCGUUAUCAGCAUAUGCAUAUUCUCUAUACUGCUCUCAAUGUAUUUCCUGUGGUACUUAAAAUGAGAAUUUAUUGAGAUUUUAUUAAUUGCAUUGAUUUCCUUUUUUUUCUCAUUGCCUUAAUGUGAUACUCUAAGGAGAAAUUAGAUGCUUAGGUUGAAAGGUAGGUCGGUCGCUCGGUCAGUUUCAAG